CGGGUUCGAUGGGCGUGGCGUGGCGUGGCGCGCGUGCGCGAAACCACUUUCUCCGCAUAGUCUGGCGCGACCCUCGGUCUCUCGUUGUCCCAGGGUUUGCCUACUUCUCGGGCCCUUGUCUUAUCGGGACCAGUGAUGACACUGGUCUUGUGUUUCCUUCCUUCUCUGCUUCCUAGCCCGACUGGCCCUCCCUUAUUGUGAUUGGCAUCGUGGAGGCCCUCCCACCUGCCGUCCUCCAGAUCCCUGUGCCGUCGAUCUCUUGGCCUUUGUGUUUCUCUCCCUGUGCCCCGGAAUCUGAAGGGGAAUGGGGGAGGGUGUGAGUGUGUGUGCCUGUGUGAGAGAAACUCUUUAGAGAGCUGUCGGCCAUGGAGCCCAAUGAUAGUACCAGUACCACUAUGGAGGAACCUGACAGCCUGGAGGUACUGGUGAAGACCCUGGACUCUCAGACCCGGACCUUUAUUGUGGGGGCCCAGAUGAAUGUAAAGGAGUUUAAGGAGCACAUUGCUGCUUCUGUCAGCAUCCCCUCUGAGAAACAGCGGCUUAUCUAUCAGGGGCGAGUUCUGCAGGAUGAUAAGAAGCUCCAGGAAUACAAUGUUGGGGGAAAGGUUAUCCACCUUGUGGAACGGGCUCCUCCUCAGACUCAGCUCCCUUCUGGAGCGUCUUCUGGAACAGGGUCUGCCUCAGCCACCCAUGGUGGGGGACCCCCACCUGGUACUCGGGGGCCUGGGGCCUCUGUUCAUGACCGGAAUGCCAACAGCUAUGUCAUGGUUGGAACCUUCAAUCUUCCUAGUGACGGCUCUGCUGUGGAUGUUCACAUCAACAUGGAACAGGCCCCGAUUCAGAGUGAGCCCCGAGUACGGCUGGUGAUGGCUCAGCACAUGAUCAGGGAUAUACAAACCUUACUAUCCCGGAUGGAGUGCCGAGGGGGACCCCAAGCCCAGCAGAGUCAGGCGCCCCCACAGACGCCAGCUGUGGCCUCGGAGCCAGUAGCCUUGAGCUCUCCAACAUCAGAACCGGUCGAAAGUGAAGUGCCUCCUCGGGAGCCCAUGGAGGCAGAAGAGGUGGAGGAGCGCGCCCCUGCCCAGAGCCCAGAGCUCUCCCCUUCCGGCCCAGCCCCAGCAGGCCCAGCACCUGCCCCAGACACAAACGCACCCAACCAUCCUUCCCCUGCGGAGUAUGUCGAGGUGCUUCAGGAGCUACAGCGGCUUGAGAGCCGCCUCCAGCCUUUCCUGCAGCGCUACUAUGAGGUUCUGGGCGCCGCCGCCACUACAGACUACAAUAACAAUCAAGAGGGCCGUGAAGAGGACCAGCGCUUGAUCAACUUGGUGGGGGAGAGCCUGCGGCUGCUGGGCAACACCUUUGUGGCGUUGUCUGACCUGCGUUGCAAUCUGGCGUGUGCGCCGCCGCGUCACCUGCAUGUGGUCCGGCCCAUGUCUCACUACACCACCCCCAUGGUGCUCCAGCAGGCGGCCAUCCCCAUCCAGAUCAACGUGGGGACCACUGUGACCAUGACGGGGAAUGGGACCCGGCCCCCCCCGACUCCCAAUGCAGAGGCACCUCCCCCUGGUCCUGGGCAGGCCUCGUCCUUGGCCCCCUCUUCUACCACCGUCGAGUCUUUGGCUGAGGGGGCUCCACCGCUAGGACCGGCUCCCCCACCGACCGCCAGCCACCCAAGGGUCAUCCGGAUUUCCCACCAGAGUGUGGAACCCGUGGUUAUGAUGCACAUGAACAUUCAAGAUUCUGGCACACAGCCCGGUGGAGUUCCGAGUGCUCCCACUGGCCCCCUAGGACCCCCUGGUCAUGGCCAGACCCUGGGACAGCAGGUGCCAGGCUUCCCGACAGCUCCCACCCGGGUGGUGAUUGCCCGGCCCACCCCUCCACAGGCUCGGCCUUCCCAUCCUGGGGGGCCCCCAGUCUCGGGGGCUCUGCCGGGCGCUGGUCUGGGUACCAACGCCUCUUUAGCCCAGAUGGUGAGUGGCCUCGUGGGGCAGCUUCUUAUGCAGCCUGUUCUUGUGGCUCAGGGGACCCCAGGAAUGGCUCCACCUCCAGCCCCUGCCACUGCGUCAGCCAGUGCCGGCACCACCAACACAGCUACCACAGCUGGCCCUGCCCCCGGGGGGCCUGCCCAGCCUCCACCUCCUCAACCCUCCGCCUCUGAUCUUCAGUUCUCUCAGCUCCUGGGGAACCUGCUGGGGCCUGCAGGGCCAGGGGCUGGAGGGCCUGGCAUGGCUUCCCCCACCAUUACUGUGGCGAUGCCUGGUGUCCCUGCCUUUCUCCAGGGCAUGACUGACUUCUUGCAGGCGACACAAACAGCUGCUCCGCCACCUCCGCCACCUCCGCCCCCACCCCCACCUCCGGCCCCAGAACAGCAGACGGCGCCUCCACCAGGGUCCCCCUCUGGUGGCGCAGGGAGUCCUGGAGGCCUGGGUCCUGAGAGCCUGCCGCUCGAGUUUUUCACCUCGGUGGUGCAGGGUGUGCUGAGUUCCCUGCUGGGCUCCCUGGGGGCUCGGGCUGGCAGCAGUGAAAGUAUCGCUGCUUUCAUACAACGCCUCAGUGGAUCCAGCAACAUCUUUGAGCCUGGGGCUGAUGGGGCUCUCGGAUUUUUUGGGGCACUGCUCUCUCUUCUGUGCCAGAACUUCUCCAUGGUGGAUGUGGUGAUGCUUCUCCACGGGCAUUUCCAGCCACUGCAGCGGCUCCAGCCCCAGCUGCGAUCUUUCUUCCACCAGCACUAUCUGGGUGGCCAGGAACCCACACCUGGUAACAUCCGGACGGCAACCCACACAUUGAUCACGGGGCUAGAAGAAUACGUGCGGGAGAGUUUUUCUUUGGUGCAAGUUCAGCCAGGUGUGGACAUCAUCCGGACAAACCUGGAAUUUCUCCAAGAGCAGUUUAAUAGCAUUGCUGCUCACGUGAUGCACUGCACAGACAGUGGAUUUGGGGCCCGUUUGCUAGAGCUGUGUAACCAGGGCCUGUUUGAAUGCCUGGCCCUGAACCUGCACUGCUUGGGGGGGCAGCAGAUGGAGCUUGCUGCUGUCAUCAAUGGCCGAAUUCGUCGCAUGUCUCGUGGAGUGAAUCCGUCCUUGGUGAGCUGGCUCACCACUAUGAUGGGACUGAGGCUUCAGGUGGUGCUGGAGCACAUGCCUGUAGGCCCUGAUGCCAUUCUCAGAUAUGUUCGCAGGGUUGGUGAUCCCCCUCAGACGCUUCCUGAGGAGCCAAUGGAAAUUCAGGGAUCAGAGAGAACUCCCCCUGAGCCUCAGCGGGAGAAUGCUUCUCCAGCCCCUGGGACAACAGCAGAAGAGGCCAUGUCCCGAGGUCCGCCUCCUGCUCCUGAGGGAGGCUCCCGAGACGAGCAGGAUGGAGCUUCAGCCGAGACAGAACCUUGGGCAGCUGCAGUCCCCCCAGAAUGGGUUCCUAUUAUCCAGCAGGACAUUCACAGCCAGCGGAAGGUGAAACCGCAGCCCCCACUGAGCGAUGCCUACCUCAGUGGUAUGCCUGCCAAGAGACGUAAGACGAUGCAGGGUGAGGGCCCCCAGCUGCUUCUCUCAGAGGCCGUGAGCCGGGCAGCUAAGGCAGCCGGAGCUCGGCCCCUGACAAGCCCCGAGAGCCUGAGCCGGGACCUGGAGGCACCAGAGGUUCAGGAGAGCUACAGGCAGCAGCUCCGGGCUGAUAUACAAAAGCGACUGCAGGAAGACCCUAACUACAGCCCCCAGCGCUUCCCUAAUGCCCACAGGGCUUUUGCUGAGGAUCCCUAGCUCUUUGCUCCAUGGCCCUCCAUCAUCAGGGGACCAUUUCUCCCCUCUUCCUUCACAGUAUUUAAGAAAUAAAGUCAGAUUUUCCUGG